AUGUCUUCUAAAAUUAAAAAAGAAUCAUGUGAUUUGACAGAUUUUGCAAGAGAACAUAUUAUAAAUCUUUAUGAAGCCGGUUGGACUUUUACUAUGAUUGCUGAUCAUAUGAAAAGUAAAAAAACAACUGUUGUAGAUAUUGUUACAAAAUGGAAAAAAAUGGAUGGAUUACCAUUCAAAAAAGAUCAGGGGCUCCUAAAAAA